GGGGAAGCCGGGGGGUGGCGGCGGCGGCGGCGACUGGGCUGGAGCCUCGCAAGGGAGAAGCCGUUCGUUGUUUGGGGUGGAAAGGAAAAGAAGGAAGGAAGAGAAGAAGGAGCCUUUUGUCGCUGUUCCCCCUCCCCGAAACACGUACAGGCGCCAGUGUGUGUGUGUGUGCGUGUUUGGCUGUCCCCCCUCCGCCCUCCUUCCGUGUUGUGGUUUCGUUUCUUUCGCCAUGUCGGUGAAUAUGGAGGAGCUCCGGCAUCAGGUCAUGAUCAACCAGUUCGUGCUGACUGCGGGCUGUGCGGCGGAUCAAGCGAAGCAGUUGCUGCAAGCGGCACACUGGCAGUUCGAGACUGCUUUGAGUGCUUUCUUUCAAGAGACCAACAUUCCUAACACCCACCACCAUCACCAAAUGAUGUGCACACCCAGCAAUACUCCAGCCACACCUCCCAACUUCCCAGACGCUCUUGCCAUGUUUUCCAAGCUGCGGACUUCAGAGAACCUCCAGAGCAGCAACAGCCCCAUCACAUCCAUGGCUUGUUCUCCUCCGGGUAGCUUCAGUCCGUUCUGGGCUUCUUCGCCUCCCAACCAUCAACCUGCCUGGAUCCCUCCUUCAUCGCCCACCAGCCAUAACCUCCACCAUCAUCUCCACCAUCAGCAGCCCAUGUGGCCUCCUGUGUCUCAGCAGGGUCCCCCCCAGCAGAAAGCCAUGACGGCAAUGGAUGGCCAGAGAUAAGACUUAAUGAUUUUGAAAUGGGGAAGAAGUUUUGUUGUGGGGGGGGGAGGGCGUGGCAAAUCCGG